UUUUAAGUUCGAUGAAAUAGAGAAAUAGACAAAACUAACUGGUUAACUGCACCAAACUUUAUUUUUUAUAUCUUUUGCAAUGAUAUCAUUUUGUAUGUUAAAUAAAUCAAACUAUACUAAAUAGCUACGGUUUUUUUAUUAAAAUGUUACGAACGACCUUGGUUACGAUCAGAUGACUGUUGAGAAAACACGAUUUUUUAAUAGUUUUCUAACGAUUUAAUAUACUGUACACUGUACGAGAUAUCUUUUAGAUGAGCUUGUUGCAUCUUUUUUCUUAUUUUUACACAUUAUGAACGUGUGCUUUAUCUUGAAUGAAUGUGAGAAGACAUGCAACAAAUUACAACGCAUAGCAGUGCGCAGUGAUAAGAUGCGAUGUUUACGGUAAUACGUGACGUGUGAAAAACGUCUUGUUCCAAAAUAUCUCAACGUUAAAAUUAAGCUAAAAUGUUUGCUGCAAAGAUACACAUUGCUGGCAAUAUGGAUUUACCAGUAAAUGAAGAAGAUUUGCAACAAGUAUUGGACAAAUUAUCUGAAGAUGAGGUUGCAAUAAAGAAAAAUCUUGAUACUAUUCUUGCUCGUCAGUGUCAUAUAGAGGCAAAACUACAAAAUGUUGGCAAAGUAUUGCCAAAUGUUAUAUUGAUACACGCAGAAGGGGAAAAGUUUCGCGAUAUGAUUGCACGGACUAAUGAAUUGGCAGAGAAUGUCAGUGCUAAAGUACGACAACUGGAUUUAGCAAGAAGCAGAGUAUGUGAAUGUCAAAGUAGAGUAAACGACAUAUUAGAUCUGCAACUAUGCAGUGAAGGUGUAGCAACAGCAUUGCAUAAUGAGGAUUAUGAACAAGGUGCUGCUCAUGUUCAUCGUUAUCUAGCAAUGGAUCAACAAUUAUUGGAAAGAACAGCCAAGGAUGUAUCAGGAGAUCACACUAGUAUCAGCAGUUCCCUGGUCACUCUACAACAAGCUGCAAUGGAAUUAAGAACUGUUGUUACACAUAAGUUUGAUGAAGCUGUGAAAUCCGAAGACUUGGCAUCUGUUGAAAGAUUUUUCAAGAUAUUUCCAUUACUGGGCAUGCACUUCGAGGGAUUAAAAAAGUUCUGCAGUUACUUGUGUACUAAAUUGCACGAAACUGCGCAAAAGAAUCUGCAAGUAGCAUUGGAGAUUAAAAGUAAUGAUAAGAGAGCAGCUGUUAUUUUUGCUGAUACUAUGACUCUCUUGUUUGAAGGAAUUGCACGUAUUGUAGAAGUGCAUCAACCAAUUAUCGAGACUUACUAUGGUCCUGGUAGGCUUUUAAUGACGAUUUCAAUUUUACAAAAAGAAUGUGACAGGCAAGUAAAAAAGAUUAUUACAGUGUUUACAAAGCAGAGAAAUAUUACUAAAAAUGUACAAGUGAUAAACGAUUAUUUGCGAAAGCCAAGUUCUGAGAGACUCGAUCCCAAAGAACUCGAUCUUCUUUUGGGAGAAAUUACAAUAAUGCAUUCGAGGGCAGAACUUUAUAUACGUUUCUUAAGAAGAAGAAUUAAGAAUGAUAUAGAGAUCAGUACAACAGACGAAGCGCAACGUACAGAAUUGUUAAAUGAAUUUGAGACAACUAUUAAUAAUUCUGAAUUGGCUCACGGCAUGCAAGAAUUGCUUGGCGCUUAUCUCGCAUUGGAAAGAUAUUUUCUCGAAGAGAGUGUAAACAAAGCCUUGGGUAUGGAUGCUUUGGAUCCAGAACAGCAAACAUCCAGUAUGGUUGACGAUGUUUUCUUCAUUGUACAGAAGUGCAUACGACGCGCUAUGUCAAGUUGGAGUAUAGACGGCGUUUGUGCCGUUGUUAACAUGGCCUGCGGCAUUUUGGAAGGUGAAUUCGCGAACAGAUUGAGGAACAGAUUGCGUCAGGGUUAUCCGGCAGGUUACUUGGAUCUGGCGCAAGCAUAUAGCGCUCUGCAGACGAGCAUACAACAUGGUCGUUUGCAAACAUCCGACACGGAAAACGCUCGUCUUAUGUUUUUAGCAUAUUUGAAUAACACGGACGUAAGCACCGAAUAUGUAGAAACGUUGUGCAAAAGUCUCGGCGCGGAAAUAGAUGCAACAUUCCCCAACAUGCAAAAGAAGGACAGAGGCAAAAUCGAUAGUUGCUUAUCUGGUCUAAAGGGAGUCAUACUAAUUUUACGAGGUGUCAUCGAUUAUGGAUUGGAACAAUUGCGGGUCAGUGCCGUGAAACCCAGAGUUACUCCGUGGGUUGAUGCAUUUCUGUCGAUAAAUCACCAUCUUAACGAGGACGAAUUGUUAAGAUACGAAACGGAUGAACCGUUUGUGCAAACGUUAGUCACGAAUCUGGAAGGUUUACUUCAAGCAUUCAAAGGUAGUCUAACUACCUCUAAUUACGAUGCUCUUAUCGGACUUUUAACAGCGGAAGUUACGGCGCGCUUAGAAAAGGUGGUUUUAAAAUCAACCUUCAAUCGAGCGGGCGGUCUAAUAUUAGAUAAAGAAAUAAGAUCGUUAGCCAGUUACUUAGCGGCCGCUACAUCGUGGUCGGUAAGAGACAAAUUCGCACGUUUAACGCAAAUUGCGACUAUUCUAAGCAUAGAAAAGGUAGAGGAACUUGCAGACUAUUGCGGUGCGGAUGCGAUAGCGUGGCGAUUGACACCAUCGGAAGUUCGACGUAUCGCUUCUCUGAGAACAGAUCUUCGGCCGGAAGAUAUCAAAAGGCUAAAGUUAUAAUUUGUCGAUAAUAAUGAAGCAAUAUGAAUUUAAAAUUAAGUGUUAAUAUCUUCUUAACCAAAGUAUCUAUCAUCAUGUACCUGAUUCCGAGAGGUGCGGCGCUGCAAGCAACAGCUUGUGUUAGUGAGAGUGCAAUAAUUUAGAGGUUUUAAGAGGUUGGAGAGAGGUAAGAGGAGUAAGAGAGGUGGAAGUGGAAACACCGAUCAGGAAGGGCCAGGAGGCGUGAGGAGUGAAGGUAGGGCGAAAAACGCAGGAAAAUAAAAGGAAAAAACAGAAGUAAAGCGGACGAGAUAGCAGGGAGGGAGAAAAGGGGGAGCGGGCAGAAAAGCCCGCCAACCGAAAACAUGAAUAAGAACAAAAACAGAUUCGAGAUACUCUAUAGCGACAAGGAAGACAUGACGGAGGAAAGACUUGAUAAAAUAGCAAGAAAGAUUAGAGAAGAGGAAAAGGUAAUAGAAAGAGGAAGCAACUGAACAAAUGGAAAGAACAAAGGAAAACACUGAAAAGAGAGGAAGGAAAGGAGUGAGAUGGAGAAAGCAAGAGACAGAUGGAUUCGAUACAAAGGAAAAUUGUGCAGAGAACUAACAAUAAAAGCGGCAGCACAAAAAUGCCUCAACAGAAAUCUAACAGGAGAUGCUAGCAAGGAGACUGGAAUAACGUACAAACUGGACACAACAUCGGUGCAAACCAAGGGAGUAAUAUACGAUUGGCCAGAAGAUGAAACAAUUGAAGAUUUGGUAGCCAUGAUUGAUAAUACAGACAACAUUAUACAGAUUGAGAGAAUGGUUAAGACAUACUAAGCAAAGGAACAGAAUAAGAGAGUAUGGAGAAGAUGUAAGGCGGUAAGGAUAACCUUUGAAGAAAGUAUGGUACCAAAAACCAUAAGACUAUAUGACGGACUCAUGAACAUAACAGUGAAACCAUAUGUGGAAGAAGUACUACAAUGCUACAACUGUUACAAAUAUGGACAUUUAAAAAAAUAGUGUAAAAACCAGAGAAGGUGCAUCAACUGUGGAAAUGAAUACCAUGGAAGAUGUGAAAAAGAAACACAUUGCUCAAAUUGCGGAAGGAAACACUUCCCGACAAGUAAAGAAUGCACUGAGUAUAAAUACAAUAAAGACAUAAAAAAAAACAAAAAUGGCACAAAACCAGAUAGAAAUACACGAGGCAAGAAGAAUGGCAGCAGAAGAAGCAAAAAUAAGAACAAGAUAUGACAAAUCAUAUGCAGAAGCGACAAAGGGGAAUAAACAAGUACAAGAAAAAGAAAGAGUAGAAGAAAGAAUGAGACGAGAGGAACAAAGAAGGCAAAGGCUAGAGGAGAAAGAAUGGAUGGAAACAAAUAGACAAAAAAAUAGAGAGAGGGAAAACGGGUGGAUAAAUUAUAAAAAGAAAGAAGAGAAAAAAGAGUGGGAGAUAGAGAGAAGAGAAAAGAGAAAAACGAAUUGGAAUCAAGACAACAAGGAAGACAAAAUGAACCAACUAGAGAGACGAAACAAAAGAGAAGUAGAAUAAGAUGGGAAAAUAUAACUGAGGAGGAAGAAGAACAAGAGGAGGAGGAGGGAUCAAAUAAAGAAAACGAGGAUGAAGAAGAGAGAAUAAGUGAGAUAGAAGGACGACAACAAGUAAGAGAAAUUGUCUCACAAAUAGGAGAGACAAUAGAACACUAUAUGACAUACAGAGAGAGACAAUCCAUAACAAGAAUAGUAGAACAGGCUCUAAGAUCAACAAAAGAGCAAAAAAAAGACACAGAGCAGGCAGCAAGUUCACUCACAGCCUCAAUAGAGGAAAAGGAAUGAACACAGAAAGGAAGGAAUAUCCGCCGACACAAAUACAAGGAGUAACACGAAAUGAAAGAAGAACAGAAGGCGAAGAAGGAGAGAAGGAGAGACAAAAAAGAAGAAAUAACGAGGAAAGGAAAUUAAGCCCUGAAUAUUUUAAGGGCAAAAUGCAAAACAUCCGAUUAUAGAUAAAAACUAAAAAUGUCACAACAAAAACAGGAACAGCAAAACAUAAAUAAAACAAACAACAACAACAGCCAAACGACAGCACAUAAAAAUAGUAACCAAGGAGCAAAUCAGAAAAUUAAAAUGAUGUGUUGGAACGCAAGAGGAAAAGUAAAUGGGAUGAAGUCCAAAAAUACGUUAAACAAGAAUAUGACAUAGCAAUAAUAGUUGAAACGUGGUUAAAGAACACAGACAAAGUAAGUUUAAAAAAUUUCCAAGUAAUAAACGUUACAAGAGAAGGAAGAAAGGGAGGAUGAUUGAUGGCCAUUAUACGAGAAGACAAAAUAUGAACGAAGAAAAGAUCUAGAAACAAUAGAUAAGAGGAUAGAGACAAUAGGAAUAACACUAGAACAAAUUAAGGAUAAAAAAAACCUAACGAUAGUAGGAGUCUACAAAAAACCAAAUAUGGAACACAAAAGGAAUAUGGACUAAGUUACUAAGAAAACUACAACAAGAAGAGAAAGUGAUAAUAAUGGGAGAUUUUAACGCACAUCACCCGUUAUUUUAUGGAACUGUGAAGUAGAGGAUAGAGAAGGAGAUACGCUACUGGAAGAAAUGGAAAAAGAAAACAUGGUAGUAAUAAAUAUAGACACUAAAACGCGACUUGGUUUGGUUUGGUGCUGUUGUGGCUCAGUGGACCUGUUAAGCUAGUCCAUACGCCAUUCUGUGUCAUAUAGAAUCUAGUUAGGAGCGGUGCUCCGAUGUCUGAAACGAUUUGUUGAUGGUUAGGAGCGCAUCUCCAAUGUAUGUUGAGAGGUGGGGGAAAUCACGUUGGUAGAAUAUUACAGGGAUGAAGAGGGGGUGAAUGUCAUGAGGUGGGGAUACUAUCUUAUAAAAUAAAGGAGUAUAUGAAUUAAGGAGUUAAAUGGAUUAGAUGGAUAGCUUUUCGCGGGUGACAAAUAGGAGCAGAGCAUGCAUAGCACCGAUGUUAUCAGAGAAGGCAAUGUUGGCCACGUCAUACGGGGGGGCUAAAACCGUUAUGGAAGAGAUCUAAAACUAAAAGGUCAGAAGAAUCUUUAUGUAAGGGGCAGUUAAAAAAUAUAUGAUUGACGUCA